AUGCAACUAUUAGAAAACUCACGUGGAACCUAUGUAAAACGAAGGAUAAACUAUGGGUUGAAUGGAUACAUAGCUAUUAUGGACAAGGUGGAAUAUGUGGCGUCCAGAAAGUACUCUAUUGAAAAGGUGUAUGGAAAGAUUAGAGGAGACAUGGUGAAAGUGGAGUGGAGAAUACUGGUAUGGACAAACUAUGGUGCACCUAACUGGCUAUCUAUAUUGUACAUUGCACUUGACAAGAGGCUCUCAACAAAGGACAAAAUGGUGAAAUGGGGAAUACCAACUGUCUUGACAUGUCCCUUGUGUCAACUUGAGCAGGAAGAUAUUGAUCAUCUCUUUUUUACCUAUUCUUUCACUACUGGAGUAUGGAACAAAGUGCUACCAUGGCAAGGAAUACAAUGA